AUGUCUAAGAAACGAAAGCGAGAUCAGGAAGAGUCGGAAGCUCUUCCUGGACAGGCCCAAACGGCCACUACAACGCAACCCGACGACGCAAGUGCGCAGAUCAAAUCAGAAAAGAAGAAAGGACGGUCGCGGCAGGAAAGAUCAGAACGCAGAUCGAAAAAGGCCAAAAAGUUGAAUGCGACCGCUCAAGGAGAUACAGUGUCGCCGCCCGACAAUGCUGCUGGCGACUUGGACUUGGAAAUGAAAGUGCAGGCUGCAGACCAGGAUCAGCACACAGUCGAUGGAGAAUCCAGCCAAAGUCUACCCAAGAAGGCGAAGAAAUCUAAGAGCGCAGACAACAACGACGAAAAGUUAACAACCUCAGCAUCGAGCAGAUUCAUCGUUUUUGUUGGAAACCUCCCCUUCGACGCGACCGCGUCUCAGGUGAAAGACCAUUUUGCCAAACUCGUCCCAAGCAGCGUACGCCUGUCCACGGACAAAGCGACUGGGAAGGGCAAAGGAUUUGCCUUCAUCGAGUUCGAUGCCUACGACAAAAUGAAAACAUGCUUAAAGCUCUACCAUCACUCUCUCUUCGAUCCCCACGGCGAGGAAAACGCCGGCGACCCAGGGGCCAAAGCGGCAAAGGGAAAAAGGAAGCCGCGGCGGAUCAAUGUCGAACUGACGGCCGGCGGCGGAGGGAAAAAGAGCCAGGAGCGGAUGUCCAAGAUCAAGACGAAAAAUGAGAAGCUCAAUGAGGAGCGCAAGAGAAGAAGCAUCCAAGAGAAAAUCGACCAGGACAAGGCCGCCGCUAAAUCGAAGAAGGCCCCAGUGACUGGCGCAAACGCUGCUGAAGCGAGUGAGACUGCGGAGGAUGGCCGCGGUGCUAUACAUCCCAGUCGACUUUCGCGAGUCAUGCAGUGA